AUGGACACUCCUCAAGAUAUUAUUUUGACGAAAGCAUCGGGCCCAACACCUGUGAUGGAUCCGCCGGAUAACAACCCCGACGGUCGCAACGCACGUACUUUAAAGCAUUGCAAAUCGGAAUCUGACACGAAAUCUACAUUUGGCGAUGACUGCGCCGAUCUUGCCCGACAAGCGAAAAGAGAGGACGGUACAUCUUCAUGUGACGGCGUUAUAUCACCUGGACCGCUCAAAGGCGAUUCCCUGUUCGGUCUCUCCGCCCGCGUAAAAGUCGAAGUAGACGUAAGUUUAACCGACCUGUUGCAUACCAGUAUUGAAAUUAAGGAAGAAGAGACCUCGCAAUCCAACCCAUCGGAACGCCCAGUAAAACGCAGUGCAAACGAUUCCGGAAAUGAUGUGCGUCAUACAUGUAAUCAUGUUCCACUAAGUGGAAGCUUUAAUGACCAACCACCCCACCAACUGCAAGAUCUCCAUGGAAUUAAACGGGAAUCUAAUGUAGAAGAAUGUAAUAGCAAAAGCGAGCCCCAUAUUGAAAGAGCAGUAUUUCCGACCAAUCGAACUGAAAUCCGAAACGAACUAGUUAAAAGCACCCAACGUUGUGUAUCUUCAACGCGUAAAAACCUUCCGAAACAAAGUAUGCGGACGCAUCAUGGCGUGAAACCUUUCAGUUGCAGCCAUUGCUCUUCUUCUUUUGGCCGCAAAGGUCAUUUAAAGCGACAUAUCCUAACGCAUACUGGCGAGAAACCUUUCAGCUGCAGUCAUUGCUCUUCUUCAUUCAGUCAAAGAAGUGCUUUAAAGGUGCAUAUCCGAACGCACACCGGUGAAAAACCUUUCAGCUGCAGUUUUUGCUCUUCCUCUUUUAGUCAAGGAAAUAUUUUAAAGAGACAUAUCCGAACGCAUACCGGUGAGAAAGCUUUCAGCUGCAGUCAUUGCUCUUCCUCUUUUAGCCUAAAACACAAUUUAAAGCGACAUAUCCUAACGCAUACUGGCGAGAGACCUUUCAGUUGCAGCCAUUGCUCUUCUUCUUUUGGCCGCAAAGGUCAUUUGAAGGUACAUAUCCGAGCGCAUACUAGCGAGAAACGUUUCAGCUGCAGUCAUUGCUCUUCCUCUUUUAGUCAAAGCAAUGCGUUAAAGGAGCAUAUUCGAACUCAUACUGGCGAGAAACCUUUCAGCUGCAGUUAUUGCUCAUCCUCUUUUAGCGGAAAACAGUAUUUAAAGCGACAUAUCCUAACGCAUACUGGCGAGAAACCUUUCAGCUGCAGUCAUUGCUCUUCUUCAUUCAGUCAAAGAAGUGCUUUAAAGGGUGAUUUAAAGGUACAUAUUCGAACGCACACUGGUGAAAAACCAUUCAGCUGCAGUCAUUGCUCUUCCUCCUUUAGCCGAAAAGAUGAUUUGAAGGUACAUAUCCGAACCUACACUGGCGAGCAACCUUUCGAAGUAGCAGUCGUCGCUCCUCCUGUUUUAGUGAAACAGAUUAUUUGA